AUGGCAGGGAAAUCACCAACCUUUCUAGGUCUCAAAGGCCAACCAUUAGUCUACGCUGUGGUCGCCUGCUCGAGUUUUGGCUUCUUGCUAUUUGGCUAUGAUCUAGGCUUCAUGGGAGGCUUGACAACAGCUCCAGUCUUUUUGGACCAAUUCGGGAACCCCAACGCCUCACUUCUCGGCUUUCUGGUAUCAAGCUACGAAGUCGGCGCUAUGAUCGGAGCCCUCUUCGUCUUCACUCUAGGUGACCGCUUCGGACGCAGGCCAAUCAACAUCGCCGGCGCCAUCAUCGUUGCUAUCGGAGCAGCGAUCCAGACGUCAAGUUUUGGCAUUGCCCAAUUCUUGGUUGGGAGACUCGUUGCUGGAUUCGGACUAGGAAUGAUGACGACCGUGAUCCCUGUCUGGCUAGCUGAAUGUUCCAUGCCACGAAACCGAGGCCGGAUGAUGGCUAUGCAACUCUCGAACCUCAUCAUGGGCCUGAUCAUAGCCAACUGGGUCGACUAUGGCAUGAGCUUCUAUGCUGGGUCGAUCCAAUGGCGGUUUAGUGCUGCACUGCAGAUUGCUUUCUGCCUGAUUGUCUGCUGUUUUAUGCCUUGGCUGCCGGAGUCUCCUAGAUAUCUGGCAAAUGUGGGCAGGAUUGCCGAGGCCACAAUAAGCCUCGCUGCCUUGAGAGGCGAUCAUCCGGACAACGAGGCGAUUGCUACUGAGAUGAAGGAGAUCCGUUACGCGAUCGAGAUUGAGGCUGAAGAGCAAGGAUCGUGGUCGGAUGUUUUCAAAGAUGGUGGUGUUUCUGGAUUUACGAGGGUGUCGAUUGCCUUUUCUGCCAACUUCUUCCAGCAGCUCAGUGGUGUGAACGUCAUGUCGAGUCUUGGGCCCUACAUAUUCCAGGAGUCAAUUGGCAUGAGCAGAUACGAUGCACUAUUGGUCUCUGGUGGUCUCCAGGUCUUCUACUUCUUGAGCUCCCUCAUCCCAUGGAUCGUCGUGGAUAAAGCUGGGAGACGGCGACUAUUCAUGAUCGGCUCACUUGGCAUGGGAAUCUGCAUGAUGCUUUCAGCCAUCUUCGUUGGAAUCGGUACGAAAGGUCUAGGCUACGCAGCUGCCGUCGUACUCUACCUCUUCCAGACAUUCUUCACCCUUGGCUGGCAAUCGAACAUGUGGAUCUACCCGUCAGAACUUCUGCCUCUCAAGCUACGUAUACGUGGUGGAGCUCUUGCAGUAGUCUCCCAAUGGCUAUGGACCUUUCUUGUGGUCGAGAUCACGCCUCCAAUGAUAACGAAUAUCGGCUAUAAGUCAUAUAUUGUGUUUGCCGUCAUCAACUUCGUGACGGUACCGGUCGUCUACUUCUUCUAUCCAGAGACUGCGCGACUACCGCUGGAAGCCGUUGAUCUAUUAUUCGCGGACAGAAACGGCCAGCGACCGAGUAUCUUCCAGGUGGUCAGGGAUAGCAAAGAUCCUGUCUUCAUGGCAGAAGUGAAUGCUACUCUCGAAGAAAGAGCGAGAUCGAGUGCGGAGCAUGCUGAGAUGAAGAAGCCAGUGGUCAAGGGCGUCGAGGAUGUGGCUAAGGUUUAA